AUGUCGUUCAAAGGCAUCGGACCCAAAACUCGUCCAGAGCCAGUUAGACGUCCUCACAAACCACCGUCUCCCACAAAUACAAUGCCUCUUCCACCAACCUGGUCGCAAUCCCAUUCGCAAUCUCGACGCUCUUCAACCUCCUCCAUCGCCUCCUUCCACUCAGCUCGCUUUCCCCCGGACGAAGAGAACCGCAUGCUCUCAUCUUCACACGACCUCAAAGCCCAAGCCAACACACAAUUCGCAAAGCAAGACUACAGCUCUGCAAUCGGGACAUAUGACCGUGCUCUGACAGAACUCCCUAGUUACUUGGACUAUGAGAUGGCCGUGUUGCAAAGCAACAUCGCUGUAUGUCAUUUGAAACUCGAGCAAUGGAAGGAGGCGGUAGAGAGUUGUGAAAGAGGACUCGAAUGUCUAGAGAGGGAAAUGCCUACGAAGCCCAAGGAGAAGAAAUCAGAGAUAGGCAACAAAACCUCUGGCACCUCCAAAAAGGUGAACGGUGAAAGGAAUUCGGGGAAUGGAAGUUCAGACACCGAGUCUGAACCGCCUUCCCCAAAUCCCCAGGGGAAAGAAAAUGAAGGAGAUGCUGCCGUCGUCGAACUGCCCUCCGACGCCGACGAAGCCAGUACACUUGAAGCCCUAAAAUCGCUCCAACUCUGCGACGCUCACAAAUCCGACAUCCACCGGAUCCGCACAAAAUUGCUCCUACGACGAGCCCGUGCCCGAUCCGAACUCGAGCCGCAUAACUGGUCUAAUCUCUCCGCCGCAUUAGAAGAUUACAAGACGCUCUCAACGCCACACUACUUCAACACGCUGCCGUUGCCGGACCAGAAGACCGUACGGCAGGCGCUGAUGACGUUACCUCCGCGCGUGAAUGAGGCCAAGGACAAAGAAGUCGGCGAGAUGAUGGGGAAGUUGAAGGAGUUGGGCAAUGGGAUUUUAAAACCGUUUGGACUGAGCACGGAUAAUUUUAAGGUUGUGCAGGGUGAGGGAGGCGGGUAUAGUUUGAGUUUCGACGGUGGAAGGGGCAAGAAUGGUUAG